AAAGCAUCCUGGUUUAAUUCAAAAGUGACGCGUGUACGCUCACGAUUAAAUAGCCCUGUCUACAUAAAGUUGUCUUCAGUUGUGUUGGGGUUUCAUUUAGUACAGUCGAAUUGGUGUCGAAAGAUGAGUAGCGGAGGUAGCCGGAGUGGAGGAAGAACAAGUAACGGCGGUGGUCGUGAUGUUUCGAAAGUGAAAGUGAAGGUGGACGUGAAAAUUGUGCGUCCUCCUUGUCCAGCACGUCCGAAGAUCGUCGUUCCACGGCGUCAAGGAGCGGUCAACGUUACGAAGGUGGUAAAUGUUACGAACGUCGUCAAUAACACCGUAGUGGUGGCGCCUAAACCUAAGCCUAAGCCUAAGCCUAAUCCUACACGGGUGGUGGAGCCUAAGCCUAAGCCUACACGAGUGGUGGAUCCUAGGACGACGCGGCCCACGGCGGCUCCAUCGUCAAGUCAUGGUGGUGGGAAUAUAUCUUGGGAGGCCUAUUUUAGAUCUGGGGUUGCAAUUAAUUGGAAUAAUCAAGAGGUCAGAAAUCAGGCUAAUCGACUUGGUAUGAAUAUACGAGGAGGAUCGUCUUCCCGUGGUGGUGGAGGGGGUGGUGGUGGUGGACAGUGGUGUUUUAAUGCAUUUGGACAACGGGUGUGGAUGUCCUAGGCUUGCUUUCUUACUGCACUUGAUAUUGCCAAAAGGACGAACUUCUCCUCUCUCUCUCUCUCCGUGUCCCCCAUUUUCCUCUGUUCCCUUCUUUUGCUUGUUUAUGUUUUGUUUGUCUACUUCUGUAUUAUCUUAUCUUUAGAGUUUGUGUCCAAUUGUAUUCCUUGUGAAACACUAUAUGUGUUGUUAAGGUGAAUGAAUGGUACAAGUAUUCUCUCUCUGCCCUAAAAAAAAUUGUGUGGUUUGAUCUGGAGGAGAUGAUGUAAUUGCUUCAGUAACUGUAAUGAAUAUCAUAUUAAUUAGUACCGACUUUUAUGUAAUCCUCGAUUUAUACACAAAAGCAAGGUUUUAAUCAUUUUAUCAAAU